AUGUCGGCCCCCGCCCUGGCCCCCACAGGCACUAUGGUCCAUCACGGGGAGAGGGGCGUGUGUGCCCACAGGCUCGCCGGCAGGAUGGCAUGGCCCUCGCUGCUGCUGCUCCCCUUCCUCCUGGCAGCAGUUUCAAGCAACACAGCCCCCUUCUUCAACAUGACCUUAGUCUACGUGCCUGAGGACCUGGAGUUGGGCCAGCAAGCUUUCCAGCUGGCAGCUAUUGACAUUGAUGGGGACCCGCUCACCUACCGCAUCAGCGGGCCAGAUGCCUUCUACUUCUCUGUCGAUCCCAAGACAGGCAAUGUGACGCUGAGGAGCUCCCUGGACCGUGAGCUCCAGGCCAAGCUCACCAUCAUGGUCGAGGUGUCCGAUGGGAUUAACGAAGUAGUCUCCAGAAAGCUCACGAUCAUCGUGGAUGACCGUAACGACAAUGUUCCUGUCUUCCAGCACCUGCCGUAUGAAACCUCCAUCCCUGAGAACAUGGAACUCAACAGCAUCAUCUACACCGUGUUUGCUGAUGACCGCGACAACGGGAAUGCCUCCAAAGUCAGCUACAGCAUUGAAGAGGUGAUCCCAGACAGCAUGAAGAAUCACUGGCUCUUUUACAUCCUGCCCAACGGGAGCGUGGUGCUCAAUGGUUCACUGAACUACGCCCAGAACACCUUCUACCAGCUCAAGAUCCUCGCCAAGGACGGUGGGGGGAUGCUGCACAACAUGUUGACCUUCCAGCAGAGCUCAACCUACCUGUCCCUGACCAUCCAGGACCUACCCAACCUGGACCCACGGUUCCUCAACGAGCCCUACUCUGGCUCUGUGCCUGAGAACUGUGCCCUGGGCACCACUGUGCUGACUGUCACUGCCAUGGACAGAGACACAGGCGUGAAUGAUGAAAUCUACUACAGCAUCACCAAUGCCAGCAUCCCCUUUGCUAUCAACACCACGACGGGCACCAUCACUGUGAGUGGGCCCCUGGACCGUGAGCAGCUGCCAAGUGAGGAAGUGCUGCUGGAAGUCAUGGCACGUGAGAAGAACCGGGACAUCCACAACAAGGUGGCACAGGCCAGCACCCUGGUGACAGUCAUGGUGACUGAUGUCAAUGACAACAAGCCCCAGUUCUACCACUGCUCCCUUCCCAGCUGCAACUUCUCCACCAGUGCCCAGAACAACUUCAGGGGCAACAUCGUAGAGCACUCGUCCUCCAGACUGCCUGUGUCCAACCUCAGCAUCGUUGCCCAUGACCCAGACAAGGGCAUCAACAGCAACUAUGAGCUGUACCUGCAGGGUCCAAAUGCCAGCGCCUUCACCGUCUCCCCCGCAAAAAUUGUCGGCACAGGGGAGGUCCAGCUCCUGGUGCAAGACCCAUUCUCUGUGGACUACGAGAUAAGCCAUGUCAUGGUGGUGCAGAUCGUUGCUAAUGACAAGGGGAACCCCAUGGACUGCUGCUCCACGGCCACCGUGACCAUCAAUCUCAUCGACAGCAACGACCACAUCCCCGAGUUCGUCCAGAGUACCUACAACCUGAGCGUGAUGGAGAACAGCCCUGCUGGCACUAUCAUCUCCCCAAACAUCACGGCCUAUGAUCCAGACAGUGGUGUCCUGGGCCAGAUCACCUACCAGCUGCUCCCAGAGAGCAUCCGUAAAAUCUUCACGGUGAAUGCCACAACCGGGGCAGUGCUGGUGCAGAAUGGGAGCUUGCUGGACCGGGAGACUCGCUCCAUCUACUACGCCAACCUCCAGGCCAAGGAUGGGGACAACCUGGUGGGCACAACCAUGCUGGAGAUCACCGUGCUGGACGACAAUGACAUGGCACCCAUCAUCACUGGCUCCUACUUCAUCUCGGUGGAAGAGGGGCAGAACGUCAGUACGCAGAUCCAGGCCAUCGAUAACGACGAGCCUGGCAACCGCAACAGUGAGUUGGGCUUUAAGAUCUUGCCAGGACCAUUCAGCAACAACUUCACCAUCAACGCAGCCACAGGUGAGAUGCACAGCAGGGAGCCGCUGGACCGCGAGGCCUUGGAAGAUGAGCAGGGACAGAUGGUGGUGACGGUGGAGGUGUACGACCAUGGCGUGCCGCAGCUCAGCACCUUGGUGAACGUCACUAUCACUGUGGGGGACAUGAACGACAAUGCACCUAUGUUCCUCAACCAGUCCUAUGAGUUCUCAGUCUUUGAAGACUCUCCAGGUAGAAGGUUCUUUGUGGGUGAGGUGGAGGGCAUAGAUGCCGACCAGACGGAGAUCAAUUCCCGCAUUUCCUUCCUACUUCAGAGGAGCAGUGGCUCCAGCAACUUCUUGAUCCGCUCGUCCCGCCUGGGGCCAGGGCACUAUGGUGGGAACCUGUCCAUGGACCCUGACCUGUCCCUGGACUAUGACAACCUGCAGCCUAAGUUCUUCUCCUUGGUGGUGCUGGCGGAGAACACGGCCGCCAACAAUGUGGGGGGGACUGCCAACGUCUCGGUGGUGGUCCACAUCCUAGACAUCAAUGACGAGCCCCCCACCAUCCUGCCUGCUUCACUGCAGGACGUGUACGUGAGCGAGAACGGCACGCAGCGGGGUGUGGUCCACACACUGGUUGCCUCCGACCCAGACACCAACCACUCGCUGGUCUUCGAGGAGCUGGCGGUCACCUGCUUCAAGGGGGCAAGCAGCGCUGGGGAGGUGUGUUGGGACUGGUUUGUGCUGGCACUCAACGGCUCAGUGCUGGUGAACAGCUCAGACAUUGACUACGAGCUGUGCGACAGGGUGGUGCUCACGCUGCGGGCUGAAGACCUGCGCACAAAGAAGGGCAACCGCUACAGCCAGAAUGUGGUUGUCCCCGAAAUCUCUCCUGUGGACCUGCAAGUGGCUACUGUGAAGGCCACAGAUGUUGACUCGGAGCUGAGGGGAACCAUCACCUUCUCCAUUGUCAGCGUGGUGCUCGUAGAGGACAAUGGGGUCAGCCGGCCCUUCGAGAACCUCUUCAAGGUGGUGACAACACCCGAGCAGGACAGCUACGUCGGGAGCAUCCAGGUGGCCAGCAACCUCGAUGGCUCGCUGAAGGGGCAGUACCAGGUGACGGUGGAGGCUCGGGAUGGCGAGGCACCAGUGCAUGCAGCACAGACUGUGUUGAACAUCUUCACAGUGGAUCAGAGCUACCGUGUUCGCCUCCAGUUCAUGAAAACAGUGGAUGAAGUCCAGAGUAACUCCAAAAAUAUCAAAGCGGCCCUGACCACCGCGACCAAGGCAGGGGUCUACAUAGUGGCCAUCCGGAGCAUGGAGGACACCCGUGCCUCCCGGGUGGAAGCCAAGUCAGUCAUGGAGGCGUACUUUGUCUACAGCAAUGGCACUGCCCUGGAUGUCAACCAGCUGAGUGUGCUCAUACAGUCCAACCCCCUGGUGCUGGCUGAGCUGGUGAACCUGGGCCUGGCUGUCAUUGUGAGUGGGGCCAGCUACAAGAGGAAGCUGAGUGCAAUGAAGGCUCUGAAGGCAGCCACAACAUUCAGCCCUGCCACAGUGCAGCAGGGAGCUGGCAUCCCUGGGACCAACCAGUACAAUGCAGAGGGAGCCAACCCCAUGCUGAACCUCUCAUUCGAUCCCUCCCACGACCUGGGCUUCCACGAGGACUCCAGCUCUGUGGCCAGCAUGAAUUCCCUGGAUGAAAACAUAGUAAAUGCACCGGGGGAUGACAACCUCAAGGCCAAGCACGGCAAAGUGCAGCUGACGGACCCCACCGAUGAGGAGGUGCUGGUGGCUGCCCUGAACCUCAAGGACCCCACCAAAACAGCAUACACCAACCAGACCUUCACCACCACAGACUUGUGA